AUGAACAAAGACCUGUUUAUCGAUGUCGGCUCACAGUUAGCACAUUUACGUAUGUAUCCCGUUUUCGAUACAUGCCAUUAUCUAUUAACAGCAUUACAAGUUCGUGAUGACAUUAUACUACAUCAAUCGGGUACACAUAAUUUUACACGUCGUCAUCCGUUAUCAUGUUGGUUAUCAACAAUGUUACUAUGUUUUUCUGGUUCAAUUUUAGCAAAUUUUCUCCUUGGUGAAAGUCCGAUAAAAGAUUUUGCUCAUCAUCAACAUCUUUUACUCGCUACCGUUUGUUGGUAUCUUGUUUUCUAUUCACCAUUGGAUCUUGUCGCACGCUUAUUACGAUUUGUCCCCAUACGAAUACUUGUCGGCGUUGCAAAAGAAAUUCAGCGAACAAAAAAAGUUUUCGAUGGCGUUCAUUCGACCUUAGCUAUUUAUCCAGAUGGAUAUGUUGUUGUUGUUAUGAUAGCAGCUAUUAAAGGUUGUGGAGGAUCAUUAAUGUCUUCAAUCGAUCGAUUCUUUCGAGGAGUUUGGUUGCCUGGACAAACCGAAUUUCUCUUUCCAUCUUUUGCAACAAAAGCAAGUUUUAUUUCUGCAAUAAUCUUCGUAUUAGAACAUGUUCAACUAAUUCAAUUCGAACGCGAAUUAGUUUAUCUAUGCGUCGCGUCAAUGUUUAUAUAUGUACGCGUUAUUACCAUAUUCUUCAAACAAUACGAUCCAUUGAUGCCCUUUGAAAAUAUUUCAUCCGGUAUUCUAUUUAAUAGUUGGUCGGAAACAGUGUCUGAAGCGUAUCGAAGGGCAACUGCAGCUUCGACGACAUCAGGUACAAGCAAUACUUCAACUCAGCAACAAGCAGCAGUGAUUCCCGCUGCUUUGACCCCACUGACAGCAACCACAACGGUAAUCAGUGGAAAGAAAGAAGCAAAUAAUACUGACGGACAAGGAAAAACGCUUGAAAUCAAAAAACGUGAUUGA